AACUUCGAAACCGAGAGCCAUGCCGCUAUUCAUUCUGCUCCAUCACAAUGUGACCCUUCUGUAUUAAACCCUUUCUCUCUCUCUUCUCACUUUCUCUCUCUGCAACUUCAUGACCUCCAUUAUUAUUUUUUUCCUAGGGAAACAGAAACUGAACCAAACCCCAAUACUUAAUUAUUUUUAGGUGUCAAUUCUUUUUCUGUGACAUAUUCGUUCAUUUCUUUAUUCUUCAAGUUAAAACGAACUCUUAACAAACCAUCCCCUGUUUCUUCAUCUCCACUUCAAUACCAAAAACGACAGUCCCAUUUUACCAGCUACACCAUUUCUCUUUUCGAGGGGUUUAAGAAGGGAGAAACAAAAUACAAAUGUUAGAACCAAAACGAACCAACAACAGAAACAGAGGUUUCUAUGUAAGAAUGAGGCUAUUACAUAAUAAUGGCAGAAAUGUUAGAACAUCAGAGAAGAGUUUUUGUUACCGAUAUUUCAAAUGGCUUCUUUGGUUUUCACUUUCUUUUUACUUCUUUGCUUCUUUUCUCUUUAAUCACAAGCCUAAUAAUACUAUAUCCUUCAUUUCUAAAACUACCGUUUCUCAAUCUAAAGCUUCACGUGCUCUCAUUGAAUCAAUCAACUCCUCAGCUAUUCUUCAAUACCCUAAACACCACCAAGAUUCGUUAAAUGGUUUAAAGAUUUACGUUUACGAGUUACCAACAAAAUACAACAGUGAUUGGUUAUCAAAUGAAAGAUGUAGCAACCAUUUGUUUGCAUCUGAGGUAGCAAUACAUAGAGCUUUGUUAAACAGCGAUGUCCGAACAUUUGACCCGUGGGAAGCUGAUUUUUUCUUCGUACCCGUUUAUGUUUCUUGCAAUUUUAGCACAGUUAAUGGAUUCCCAGCUAUUGGUCAUGCUCGUUCUCUUAUUGGUUCGGCUGUUGAGCUAAUAUCUUCACAAUUUCCAUUUUGGAAUCGUAGUUUAGGUUCUGAUCAUGUCUUUGUCGCUUCUCAUGAUUUUGGAGCUUGUUUUCACACGUUGGAGGAUGUGGCUAUGGCAGAUGGGAUACCUGAAAUUUUGAAAAACUCAAUUAUAUUACAAACGUUUGGUGUAAAAUAUGAUCAUCCAUGUCAAAGAGCAGAACAUGUUGUUAUUCCGCCGUAUGUGUCGCCGGAAAGUGUACGGAAAACGCUGGCCACAUCGGACGUCAAUGGUAAACGUGAUAUUUUCGCGUUCUUUAGGGGUAAAAUGGAAGUCCGCCCUAAAAAUGUCAGCGGACGUUAUUACAGCAAGAAAGUUCGUACAGUUAUAUUACAAAAAUAUGGGAAUGAUCGGAGAUUUUACCUGAAGAGGCAUAGGUUUGCCGGUUACCAGUCGGAGAUAUUACGGUCAACGUUUUGUUUGUGUCCAUUAGGGUGGGCCCCAUGGAGUCCAAGACUGGUGGAAUCGGUCGUUUUAGGCUGUGUACCGGUGAUAAUCGCCGACGGCAUCGAGCUGCCGUUUUCCUCCGCCGUGCCGUGGGCGGAUAUCUCCGUCACGGUGACGGAGAAAGACGUCGGGAAGCUGGGUUCAAUUCUUGAACACGUGGCUGCCACGAACUUAAGCAUCAUACAACAGAAACUGUGGGACCCAAGAAUUACACGGUCCCUCCUGUUCCAUGAUCGGACGGUAGAGGGAGACGCCACGUGGCAGGUUUUACAUGCUUUGACACAGAAGUUGAAUAAGUCUAAUCGCAGGUCAAGAGUUUCAAACGAAUAGAAUUUUGCCACGUGUGGAGCAUAUUAUGGGGAUAGAAUCUACUGCCAGCUAAGAAAGGCUCUUUAAUCGACGUGGAAAUGUGUAAAUGUGGGAGACAGCUAUGGAUGUAUUGGACUGUUCUUUAUUUUUAGCAGAAGAAGAAGAGAGAGAGAGACAGGACAACUCUGUAUAUUUUUCACUUUUAAUGUAUAUAGAGUUAGGAGGAAUUCAGAAAAUUGGUAAGUGGGGUCCAAGAUUACAAAGAUUUUAUUGUAAGCUGAGUUGGCAAGAUUUGAUUGGUUGUAGAUGCGGUUUGGGGUGGACAUUAGCUUAUGUUGUGUACAUGUGAAGGGAAGGAAUAUUAUUUUUUUAUUGGUAUGGUAUGGGGGAAAUAAGAAGAGACAGAAGAUGGUUGAGAAAAUGUGCAUGGUCUGUUGUGUGGAUGCUUCUGCUUUGCUGUACAAUUCCUUUUUUUUUUUCUUUUUCUUUCUUGUAUCAUUGUAGAAAUUUUACCCAAAUAUAGAAAGAAAGAAAUUGAUAAUACAAUAUUCAUGUUAGUGUUGUCAAAGGCUCAUAUAUGGUGCAUCUAAGCCUUGAAGCUUGGAAAAGCGUAAGGAGGACGCUUCGUCUCGUGUAAGCUUCUUAAUGUAUGUAAGGCAGUAAGGCAUGUGCAUGUCCAGGAGUUCUAUUUUGAAUAUGGCAGUACUAAAUAACAAAUAAAAUAUUAGGAGUGAAUUUGUUA